ACUGUCGGGGGGUGGGGGGGAGGAACAUGGCGCAAGCUCUGUCUCAGGAGGAGUUUCAGCGGAUGCAGGCUCAGCUUCUGGAACUACGGACAAACAACUACCAGCUUUCAGAUGAAUUACGAAAGAAUGGUGUUGAACUCACCAGUCUUCGACAGAAGGUCGCUUACCUGGAUAAAGAGUUCAACAAAGCUCAGAAGGCACUGAGCAAGAGCAAGAAAGCUCAGGAAGUCGAGGGGCUGCUGAGUGAAAAUGAGAUGCUGCAGGCAAAGCUGCACAGCCAGGAGGAGGACUUCCGAUUGCAGAACAGCACUCUUAUGGCUGAGUUCAGCAAGCUCUGCAGCCAGAUGGAACAGCUGGAACUGGAGAACCAGCAACUGAAGGAUGGGGCUUCCAGAGCAGGGGCUGCCCAAGCCGGGAGUGUUGUGGAUGGAGAGCUGCUGAGACUACAGGCGGAAAACACAGCCUUGCAGAAGAAUGUGGCAGCACUGCAGGAACGCUAUGAAAAAGAAGCCAGGAAGUCUCCAACUGCCAGUGAAGGCCAUGGGGACCACCUGGAGGAGGGCCAAGCCCUCACUACCUUAUCCCCCAUGCCAUUGGCAGAGGUGGAGCUGAAGUGGGAAAUGGAGAAGGAGGAAAAGAAAUUGCUCUGGGAGCAACUACAAGGCUUGGAGAGCUUGAAGCAAGCUGAAACAUCCAGGCUACAGGAAGAACUUGCUAAGCUCUCUGAGAAACUGAAAAAGAAACAAGAAAGUUUUUGCCGUCUGCAGACAGAAAAGGAGACACUAUUCAAUGACAGCCGGAACAAGAUUGAGGAGUUACAACAGCGGAAGGAAGCUGAUCUCAAAGCUCAGUUGGCUAGAACUCAGAAGCUGCAGCAGGAACUCGAGGCUGCCAAUCAGAGCUUGGCAGAAAUGAGAGAUCAGCGGCAGGGGGAGCGCCUGGAACAUGCAGCAGCUCUGCGAGCCCUCCAAGAUCAGGUGUCCAUCCAGAGUGCGGAUGCUCAGGAACAAGUAGAAGGACUUUUGGCUGAGAACAAUGCCUUGAGGACUAGCCUGGCUGCCCUGGAGCAGAUCCAAACAGCCAAGACCCAAGAGCUAAAUAUGCUCCGGGAACAGACUGCUGAGCUGACAGCUGAGUUGCAGCAGCGGCAGACUGAGUAUGAAGACCUCAUGGGACAGAAAGAUGACCUCAACUCCCAGCUUCAGGAGUCAUUACGAGCCAAUAGUCGGCUGCUGGAACAACUUCAAGAAAUCGGGCAGGAGAAGGAACAACUGACCCAGGAACUACAGGAGGCUCGGAAGAGUGCUGAGAAGAGGAAGGCCAUGCUGGAUGAGCUGGCAAUGGAGACGUUGCAGGAGAAGUCCCAGCACAAGGAGGAGCUGGGAGCUAUCCGGCUUCGGCAUGAAAAGGAGGUGCUGGGGGUGCGUGCCCGCUAUGAGCGGGAACUCCGUGAGCUGCAUGAAGACAAGAAGCGACAGGAGGAGGAGCUCCGUGCCCAGAUCCGUGAGGAGAAGGCUCGAACGCGGGAACUGGAGAAUCUCCAGCACACAGUGGAAGAACUUCAAGCUCAGGUACACUCUAUGGAUGGAGCCAAGGGCUGGUUUGAACGGCGCUUGAAGGAGGCUGAGGAAUCUUUGCAGCAACAGCAGCAGGAACAAGAGGAAGCCCUGAAGCAGUGUCGGGAGCAGCACACUAAUGAACUGAAGAGCAAGGAGGAGGAGCUACAGUGUGUUUUGGAUCAGCUCCAGCAGGCCCGGGAGGAGCGUGACUGCCACCUGAAGGCCAUCAGCAGCCUGAAGCAGGAAGUGAAGGACACAGUGGAUGGGCAGCGCAUCCUGGAGAAAAAAGGCAGUGCCGCGCUCAAGGAUCUCAAGCGGCAGCUGCACCUUGAGAGGAAACGGGCGGAUAAGCUGCAGGAGCGGCUGCAGGACAUCCUAACCAACAGCAAGAGCCGCUCCGGCCUUGAGGAGCUGGUUCUCUCAGAGAUGAACUCACCAAGCCGGACCCAGACUGGGGACAGCAGUAGCGUCUCUUCCUUCAGCUAUCGGGAAAUCUUGCGGGAGAAGGAGACCUCAAGCAUUCCAGCCAGGUCCUUGUCUAGCAGCCCUCAAGCACAGCCCCCAAGGCCAGCAGAGCUGUCAGAUGAAGAAGUGGCUGAGCUCUUUCAGCGCCUGGCAGAGACGCAGCAGGAGAAAUGGAUGCUGGAGGAGAAGGUGAAGCACCUGGAAGUGAGCAGCGCCUCCAUGGCAGAGGAUCUCUGCCGGAAGAGUGCCAUCAUUGAGACCUACGUCAUGGACAGCCGGAUCGAUGUGUCCGUGGCAGCAGGCCACACAGACCGCAGUGGGCUGGGCAGUGUCCUGAGAGACCUAGUGAAGCCAGGAGAUGAGAACCUUCGGGAGAUGAACAAGAAGCUACAAAACAUGCUGGAGGAGCAGCUCACCAAGAAUAUGCAUCUACAUAAGGACAUGGAAGUUCUGUCCCAGGAAAUUGUGCGGCUCAGCAAGGAGUGUGUCGGGUCCUCUGACCCAGAUCCACAACCAGGAGAAGCCAGCUAAAGACCUGCAGGCUGCCCCCACUUCCUCCUCAACCCACCCCUACAACACCAUUCCCUUGGGCUAAAGUGGGGAAAUGGGGGCCAGCACCAAAAUCAAAUAAGUUAGGAGACUGGACAUUAAAGGGGUUGGAAGCCUGAUGGCUGGUUGUUAGUGACCCUAUCUUAGGGCAGUGGUCCCUGGGGAGUGAGGACCCCGAGGGGAAGGGCAGGGAUUUCUGGUCCUCCUUGGCCCUGAUUCCCAGGGGCAGUUGCCUUCAUCUCUGCAUGAGCUCUCCUUCCCAGAGACCAACUCUUUUUUAUUUUAUUUUAUUUUUAAUUUAUGUCUGGAAGCCUGGCUACUCUGCAUUUGGGGUCGGGGAUAUUGGGUGGGGUGCAGUCCGUGUUCAGCAUUCUAGCAAUGUGUGUGUGUGUAAAGGCUGUGCAGCCAAAAUAUCAUCUGGCCAGGUGGGCCCACCCACUGACUGUCUGCCCUCAUUCUUUCCAGCCAGUAGGGAUGUACUGUACUGGUCACACCACUGGAAUGGGAAGGGAGAUCUCUGGCCUCAGCUUUACUCUCCUUCACCCAGCCUCAGCCAGACUGUCUUCAGUGGCUGUUGACUAGCCCCUCAAACUAAGUGGAGCAGAAAUAUCUGCAGAUAUAUGUGUGGGUAGAUGUGUAUGGGGUGUGGGUAUGGUUGAGUGGGCAGGUGGAAGGAUGGGUAAGUGGAUGGACUAACGGAUAAAUAAAUAGAAGGUUGCAUGGAUAAUGGAUAGAUUAGGAAAUAAAUGGACAGAUGGAUGAAUAGGCAAUGGGAUGAAUAAAUGGAUAGAUGGAUUGGUAGGUGGAUAGGUAGAGAGGAUUGACAGGUGCGAAUACAAGUGGACAGAUGGAUGGCUAGGGGAAUGUGAAUGGAUGAGCGGGCAGAUGGAUGAGCUAAUGAAUGAGAAGAAAAGGAGAAUAAAUGAUGGGCAAGAGCUAUGGGUGAGUGGACAGAGGGAGUUACAUAUGAAUAGGCUGGUGAGUAGUUUGGUAGAUGGGGUAAAUAUACAAAUGGAUGAGCGCGCGGGUGGGUGAAGGGAUGGAGAAAUGGACAAAUCAGAAGUGUGAUGAGUUUGCAAAUGGAGGGUUACAUGGAGAUGAAUUGAAAGGCUAUAAUUGGCCCUGCAUUACUGCUCUCCGGCGCCACAGAGCUUUAAUUACUAAAAACGAGUCCUCUGCACCAUGCCCUGUGCAUCCCCUUUCACAUCACUCCAUGUAAUGCUCCCAGUGACACCAUCAGGUUGGGGUAACUCUCCAUCUGACAAAUGAGGAAACAAUGCAAGUCACUUGCUCAAGGACACAGCAAGUCAGCAAAGCUGGGGUUCGAACCCAUCCACGCCAGAGGCACUUGGUACCUAGUGCUCUUGCCACAGGAGCACAGCUCUCUAGGGGAGGACAUGAUGUGAGGCUCCAGGAUGUGAACAGAUGAAGGAGACUACCCCUCAGAGUGGGGCCUGCUGGGAAAGAACCUGGUAUGGGAGUAGGAUCUCACUUGUCCCCAGCUGCACUCACCCCCCAUUUCACAUUUGAAAACAGGAUGACCACACUUCAGUCCCAGCAGUCUUGGUUAGAGCUGGGCUUUAAUCGGUGUCCCCCAGCAGCUUUGGGGGCCUGGCCAUCUAUAGAAAUGCUCUCCACCAGUACCCCUUCAUCCAUCCCUUCUCCAGCCUUGGGGGGGGGGCAGGGAGGGGACACAGCGCUGCAUCAUUCCCUGUGGCACUCUGCUCUAGGGCCAUUAAAUAGACGCCUCCCCAUCGAUUGCAUCU